AGCGAAACGCAAGGCAACAGAAGAGCAAACAUCACCAAACCUGCGGCUCGGAAAGCCCCCUAGACCGAUCUUUCUUCCUCGCGUAGGCACGCGCGCGGACUUGUCGUUCCUUCUCCCUGAAGGACUCGAGGCGUUGGAGAUCCAUCACAUCACACCUGUCUCUUGCCCGCUCACCUCUCGAUCGGGACGGAGAAAGAUCGCCGCCGCGCGCGAUGGAUGAGGAGUACGACGUGAUCGUGCUGGGCACGGGGCUCAAGGAGUGCAUCCUCAGCGGCCUCCUCUCCGUCGACCGCCUCAAGGUGCUUCACAUGGACAGGAAUGACUAUUAUGGUGGAGACUCCACAUCGCUCAAUCUCAACCAGCUGUGGAAGAGGUUCAAGGGCGACGAGACACCCCCUGCAAGUAUAGGAGCUAGCAGAGACUACAAUGUAGACAUGGUUCCAAAGUUUAUGAUGGCGAAUGGUGCUUUGGUCCGUGUACUCAUUCAUACUGGUGUUACCAAGUAUUUAUCCUUUAAAGCUGUGGAUGGAAGCUACGUUUUCAACAAGGGAAAGAUCCACAAAGUUCCCUCAACUGAUAUGGAAGCUCUCAAGUCUCCAUUGAUGGGAUUGUUUGAGAAGCGAAGAGCAGGGAAAUUCUUCCUUUAUGUUCAAGAUUACAAGGAAAAUGACCCAAGUACUCACAAGGGGCUGGACCUUACAAAGAUGACCAGUAAACAACUUAUCUCAAAAUACGGUUUGGAUGAUAAUACAAUAGACUUCAUUGGUCACGCGGUCGCUCUUCAUAAGGACGAUAGUUAUCUUUCAGAACCUGCAAUUGAAAUUGUGAAGCGGAUGAAGCUUUAUGCAGAAUCAGUGGCUCGUUUUCAAGGAGGCUCGCCAUAUAUUUAUCCUCUUUAUGGUUUAGGGGAGCUGCCACAGGGUUUCGCACGGCUUAGUGCUGUAUAUGGCGGGACAUACAUGUUGAAUAAGCCAGAGUGCAAGGUCGAAUUUGAUGAUGAAGGGAAAGUUCGUGGAGUUACAUCUGAAGGGGAGACAGCAAAAGGCAAGAAAGUUGUUUGUGAUCCGUCUUACGUACCUGAGAAGGUUAAAAAGGUUGGAAAGGUUUUUCGUGCAAUUGCUAUCAUGAGCCACCCGAUCCCAAAUACUGCUGAAUCUCACUCAGUACAGAUCAUAAUACCACAAAAGCAACUUGGCCGCAGAUCAGACAUGUAUGUUUUCUGUUGUUCCUAUUCUCACAAUGUUGCCUCGAAGGGAAAAUUCAUAGCGUUUGUGUCAGCACAAGCAGAGAGUGACAAUCCAGAGGCAGAACUGAAGCCAGGAAUCGAUCUUCUUGGGCCAGUUGACGAGUUGUUUUUCGACACAUACGACAGAUAUGAACCUACUAAUGACCCUUCUUCGGACAAUUGUUUUAUAUCAACGAGUUAUGAUGCCACAACACACUUUGAGUCUACCGUGAUGGAUGUUCUUUCGCUGUAUACAAAGAUCACCGGAAAGUGACCCAAAGGUUUGCCUCGCAAACGAUGAAGUUCAGCAAGAUUGGUGGCGGAGCGCUCUUCUGUCGGAAAACACAUGGGCAUUCCUCUCGUUUCAAAUGGUCCAUGACACGAGCAUGGUAAGAGAGGCCAUAGCCUUUCUAUUGGGGACUCCGGCACCGGUUCUAUUUGUCCACCACCCCUCUACUGAAUCCUGUAGCUGCCAAGUAGUAGUGUCCAAGUGGUGAAGGCCGAAUUUUGCGAUGACCGAGUUCCAUAGCCGAAUGGUGUAGCGGCAUUUGAAGAAGAGAUGUGGUCCACUUUCUUGAUCUCUCUUGCAAAGAGUGCAAAGCCCGUAGUUUGGCCAACCCCGCUUUGCAAGCCUAUCCACGGUCCAAAUUCUAUCUUGGAUAGCCAACCAAGCAAAGAAUUUAGCCUUUGGCGGCGCCCAAGCCUUCCAAAUCAUUUGAUCCAUGGGGAGAGGACCAACCCUAGAAAUUGGGCCUUGUAGGCGGAGGCCGCAGAGUAGUGCCCGCUUGCCGCGUGCUUCCACAUAAUGAUGUCUUCGGCAUGUUCAUCAAGGUGGACCUCAUUUAUAAGCGCCCAUAGGGGUUGUUUGGAUAGCGAGGAUUAGUGGUGGGGUUGUAGAAAACAAGUUUUUAGCUCAUUUUUAGGGAAACCGGUUUUACUAUUCAUUUUAUGAAAAACGUGUUUACAGGAAUCUUUGUUUGGGUAGAGAAUUAAUAAACUAAGGUCCUUAGAGUUUUUUGUUUGGAUAACAAACAUUAGCUUUAUCCUACCUCGUCCAUGACCUUCAUCCUUGCUUUCCCAUUGACGAGACAUACAAGCUCGACAACAUGCCGUACGAAUCCCAUGCUGCUGCCGUACUUCGUUCCGGCCUCCAUGACUCUGCAUGCGGCCUCCUGCUGGCACUUCCCAUGGUCUCCGAGGUCGUCGCCCCAGGCUAAUUCUCGCAUCCCCUCCGACCUCCACUGACUCCGCGCGCGGCUGACGGCGAGGGCAUCCGUUGGCCCCUGGGUCGUCGCCCCCCUGCACUGACUCUUCCUCGGGUUGCUUCUCGCUUCCCCUCGACCUCCGUUGAUUCCACACGCGGCCGCAGGCGAGGGCAUCUGCUGGUUCCGGUCGUCCCCAUGCACUGACUCUGCCGUCAGCUGCUUCUCGCGUCCCCUCCGGCCUGCACGACUCCACGCACAGCCGCCGGCGAGCGAUUGCUCUGCUCCCCGAGGUCGUCGGACCAACCGCCUCGUCGCGUCCCCUCCGUCUUGCACGACCCGGCGUGCAGCUGCCGGCAAACACUUGCUCUGCUCUCAGUUGGGAUCCAGUUUACGUAAAUCUCGUUUAUGAAAAAACGACUAUUAGUCGUUUUUCUAUAUACCUGAAAUCUGGGUUUUUGGAAAGCCAAGUUUUCUAUAUUCACGGAUUGGUUAGAGUUGCCAAACAAGAUUUUAGUUUGUUACACCGUUUCCCUCCCUGGUUUGUGGAGAUCCGGUUUUGCAUAUACUGCCUAUCCAAACAACGCCGUAGAGUGAAGAAUUGUCGAAUGUGUUCAACGGAUACGACCGUGGAGGUGUUGAUCUUGAGGAUCCACGCAUUAUAUUUUAGGGCCUCGCGCACCUUCCAAUUCUUCCUCGAGGAGGCCUAAAAAACGAGCGGAGCGACGUCCUUGGGCUUGCACCCAAUUCACCUUGCACUUGGCACCCGUCGUCUUGUCCGAUCCGGACUAUAGGAAGGCUCGCUCGAGUUUGUUGAUGCUUUGAAGAAUGCUCGGCGGUACGACCAACGACGUGAUGGAGUAGAUCGCUUGUGAGGUGAGGACGGACUUGACAAGGGUUGUGCGUCCAAUGGUGGUGAUAUUUUGGCCAUCAUAGGUAACCAACUGGCUCGCAACCUUGUCCACAAGGAAUUGCCAAUCCACCAUCUUAAGCUUCGAGACGGAUAGAGGAAGGCCCAAAUAUCUUAAGGGGAAGGACGCCCUUUUCGCCGGCAAGCUUUGAAGGAUGUGCUCUAGAUUGAGGUGAUUGCAUCGAAUGGCCACAACAGAGCCCUUAUGGAAAUUGGUGCAUAGCCUGGUGACCUCCCCGAAUCCGCGCAAGAUGGCUGAGAGGUUGUCAAUAUCAUUUUUAAUUGGGGCCAUGAAAAUGGCUGCAUCAUCUUCAUAGAGUGAAGUUCUCACCAUGACCCCUCCCCCCCGCACCUUGUGAAGUAGCCCUUUUCGGGUUGCCAACUCAAGCAGUUGUUGGAGUGCAUCAAUUGCACAAUGACAAAAAGGAGCGGGGAUAGGGGAUCCCCUUGCCGGAGGCCCCGACCAUGUUUGAUGGGGUGGCCGGCCACACCAUUCAGUAGGAUCCUCGAGGAUGAUGUGCAUAGAAGAGCCGCAAUCCAAUCCCGAAACUUUGGGGGGUGGGGGGGGGGCUUCGCUGUAGGAGAUCAAGGAUGUAUUCCCAUCUGACCGAGUCGAAGGCCUUGCGGAUGUCAAGCUUGAACAACAGAGACGGGGUCUUGCAUUUGUGCAGUCUACGGGCCAAGUUGCGAACACACAAAAAAUUGUCGUGUAUGCUUCUGCGCUUGAUGAAUGCGCUUUGGCGUUGGAGACCAGCUUGUCCAUGUGCAGAGCAAGACGGAUUGAGAGAAUUUUUGUGAUAAUCUUAGCAAUGGCAUGAAUGAGGCUGAUGGGCCUAUAGUCUGCAAUCCCCUCGGGGCAUUCUUUUUUGGGCUGAAGGACCACAUUUGCGGAGUUGAGCCAAUGAAGAUUUGCCGUGUGGAGGGCAUCAAAAUGGUGUACCACCCUCAUCAUGUCCUGCUUCAUGAUGCCCCAACACUUCUUAAAGAACGCACCUGUGAAGCCGUCCGGGCCCGGUGCCUUAUCACUUGGCAUGCCAUUGAUUGCCUCCCGCAUCUCCUCCUCGGUGAUGGGUGAGUCGAGGCCGUGCAAGUCGUGCACCUCUAAGUUGAGCUUGUCCCAAUUGAAGUCUUUGUCGCUUGUGCUCCCUUUUUUCAUCACUUCAGCGAAGUGUUUCAGAAUGAGCUUCUCUUUAGCGUCGUGCUCGGUGACCCAACCUUGGUCAUGCUUUAGCCUAUGGAUAUGAUUCUUCCUCCUUCUAGCAUUAAUCCGGCGAUGAAAGAACUUGGUGUUGGCGUCGCCCUCCUUGAGGUUAGCAAUUCUUGAACAUUGCUUUUUCCGAGCUCUCUCGAGUGCGGCCAAGCUAAUAACUCUCCUCUUCAGCCGGGCCCUAAGGUCACUCUCAUCGGAGGAGAGUUGCCGAUUCUCUUGAGCAAUGUCGAGGCGGAGAAUCACCAAAAGAGCGGCAUGAAGGUGAACUUUUGCCUUCGAGAAAAGGCCCCUACUCCAUUCGGAGAGCCGGAGAGCCACCUUCUUGAGCUUAUGGAAUAAGACUUGAUAGGAACUUGUAAUUGCUACCUUUGGGGGCUCAAGUAGGCCUAAACAGCCCUAAAUGAUUUCCACUACUACUACUAAGGGCUCAUUUGAUUUGGAAGACCCGACCUGCAACAUUUGGUCCAAUUGGAGGCAGACUAUAUGGGGUUUUGAUUGGUCCAAUCCACAUCAUUUACCGGGGAAGAUUUUCAUGUGUCGGUAACUCGGUCGAAAAUUCCUCAUCUUUGGCUCUCGAGCCGUGCCCCAUCAAUUUUACAUUCCAGUCGAGUCUGCUUUGCCUCCCUCUUUUUUGCUGGCACCGUUGAUGUCUACACGUGCAAUGUCUUCCUGGAGCGAGUGAAUUGCAGAAAACUUCGACAUUAAAGGCUAGGGUUGCAGGAACCACAGUUUUAUAGUUUUAUGCCAAAAAUCACUAAUUCCGAGCCUAUUUUUUUGCAAAAAAAACUAGUUAUCGGUUUUGGCCCAUUUGACGACGAUUAUGACAGAUGGAGCCCACAAAAGCUGACGUGGCAUAACUAUUCAUGGCUAGACGUCGUUACAUGUUCUUUUUCCAAAAACUCCUGCCUAAAACAAACUCUACAAAACAGCACCCCUCACCCCCCUACACGCUUGCAGGCCAGCCCCAACACUGGCCCCGCCGCCGGCAGGCGCCCACGCACUCACGUCGCCGGCCCUCCCUCCCCGAGCUGCUGCCGUCGUGUCCAGAGCCGGAUCCAGCCACAUCGGGCCUCCAACGCUCCGGCCGGCACUGGAUCCUCUGAGAACGCGUCGGCUAGCUCCCGUGGCAGCUGUUGCUUCGACGCCGGCGAACGAGCUGCUGUUCCGGUUGGCGGGGCGACAUGGCAACCCGCGCCAAUGUGCCACCCGACUCCUCCGCUCCUUCUUCCGCAAGUGCCGCCGCCAUGGACAUCCCCGAGAACCUACCACUGUGAUGCGCCUCCACCGUCCUCGACUGGAUCUAGGAGCUGGCGCCGCCAACCUAGCCCCCUUCACGCCUAGAGCAACCGCCGAGGAGGGCACUGCCGGUCCACCAGUGAGCGAGAGGCGGCGGAGUGAUGCGUGCAGGACCUUGACGGCCAUGGCGACCUGCAGCACCGCCUUGACAUGCGGUCGGCCUCACAGAGGGCGCCACCUCCAGGCCGAGCGCCGAGGUCGGGUUGUGGGCCUCGCUGUGAGGGGUCGUCCCUGCCGCCCUUGCUCGGUGUCCGCGACAGCGCCUUGAGGAUGCCCUUGGGCCGCGGCGACCGGCGACGAGACCCAUUGCCGGCGUGCUGCUGCUCUUCUCGACUGCUGGAGUGGAUUGCUUUUUUGCUCUUUGAUUGAAGGGUGUCCCUAUAAAACUACAGGGCCCCUUUUGUAAAUCUAGAAAAUCCAGAUGCUUAACGCCGUCCCCAUGAACCAGUUAUGCCACGUCA